AUGGCUCGGCGUCAACCCAAUAUUCCUCGACGUGAUCAUCAAGAAACUGUGAUAGAGAUUAAGAGGCCCGUGAACUUCACAGGAGGGCUUGAGUUUUCUGGUCUGACCUACACAGUAACGAAGAAGAAGAAGGUUGAUAACAGUUGGGUGAAGGAGAACGUGGACUUGCUUCAUAACAUAACUGGCUACGCACCAAAGGGUUGUGUCACUGCGGUGAUGGGUCCCAGUGGUGCAGGGAAGUCUACGUUCUUGGAUGGUGUUGCUGGAAGGAUUGCAAGUGGGAGCCUUAGGGGAAGGGUGUGUUUGGAUGGCACAGAUACUAACCCUACUUUGAUCAAAAGAACUUCUGCUUAUAUCAUGCAGGACGAUAGGCUCUUCCCAAUGCUCACUGUCUAUGAAACUUUCAUGUUUGCUGCUGAUUUUCGACUCGGCCCUCUUCCUCUCGCUGAAAAGAAGCACAGAGUCGAGAAGCUCAUUGAACAGCUUGGCUUAUCAUCAACUCGAAACACGUACAUCGGAGACGAAGGAACAAGAGGAGUAUCCGGGGGAGAGAGACGUCGUGUAUCGAUCGGCGUCGACAUCAUCCACGGACCAUCCCUUCUAUUUCUGGACGAACCCACUUCGGGUUUGGACUCCACCAGUGCCCACAGCGUCAUCGAAAAAGUCCACGACAUCGCCCGCGGUGGCAGCACCGUCAUCCUCACCAUCCACCAGCCUUCCUCCAGAAUCCAGCUUCUUCUCGACCACCUCAUCAUCCUCGCCAGAGGCCAGCUCAUGUUUCAGGGCUCUCCCAAAGCCGUCUCUCUUCAUCUGGGUCGCAUGGGGCGUAAAGUCCCCAAGGGAGAGAAUCCAAUCGAGCAUCUCAUUGAUGUGAUUCAAGAAUAUGAUCAGUGUGAUGUUGGUGUCGGAGCUCUCGCUGAGUUUGCCCGCACCGGAGUGAAACCCCCUCCUUUGUCUGACCAGGAAUUUUCUCUCUCCACCGUCGCACCGUCCACCCCAGGUCGAAACCCUCGACUUGCGGAUCGUUCCGCCGUCGACGAUUUUGACCACAGUGUGAGAAGUGCCAGAAGCCCUCAUACACCCCGGUCCUGGAAUGCCGGCAAUAGUGGAUUGUUCCAGAAGUUAACACCUUCCCGCUUUAAGAAUGAACACAGACUGCAGAAUAAUCGUUUAAGUAGUAAUGCUUCGCCAGGGUAUUACACGUACUCGAGCGAGAUCCUCGCGGCGACACCGACGCCUCAUAGCAGCGACUACACUGUGAAUGAGAAUGACUACAUGACUCCCCCAGAUGGCGUUCCAAAGCAUCUGGGUCCGAAAUUUGCGAACUCCUUCUUGGCGGAGACGUGGAUUCUGAUGCAGCGGAACUUCAUAAACAUCCGGCGAACCCCUGAGCUUUUUCUGUCCAGAUUGAUGGUGCUCACGGUCAUGGGCAUCAUGAUGGCCUCCAUGUUCAAGAACCCUAAAGAAAACGUACAAGGGAUCACCAACCGCAUCAGUUUCUUCAUCUUCACCGUCUGUCUCUUCUUCUUCUCUUCCAACGACGCCGUGCCGGCGUUCAUCCAAGAACGAUUUAUUUUCAUAAGGGAGACUUCCCACAACGCCUACCGAGCCUCGUCCUACACCAUCGCCGGAAUAAUUACUCACACCCCUUUUCUUGUUCUGCAAGCUUCCGUUUAUGCCAUCAUCGUCUGGUUUGCUUUGAAGCUCCAAGGCCCUUUUCUAUACUUCGUGUUGGUUCUCUUCGUUUCCCUUCUCUCCACCAACUCGUUCGUCGUUUUUGUGAGCUCAGUGGUUCCAAACUAUAUCCUGGGUUAUGCUGCUGUUAUCGCUUUCACUGCUUUGUUCUUCUUGUUCUGUGGUUACUUCUUGAGCAGCAAGGACAUUCCGAUUUAUUGGCGUUGGAUGAACAAAAUUUCGACCAUGACGUAUCCCUAUGAGGGGCUUUUGAUCAACCAGUAUCGGAACUCAGAUAGGUUUGGAUCAAACCUGGACGGGACAAAUAUUACAGGUCUUGAUAUCUUGAACAAUCUCCACAUAAGUACCGAUUCGUUUAGGAAGUGGGAAAAUGUGAUCAUAAUGUUGUUCUGGGCCGUCCUAUAUAGGAUUUUGUUUUACUUGGUCCUUCGUUUUGCUUCGAAAAACCAGAGGUCGUAG